UCCAAACGACCAACAGCAACACAUAAACAAAAGCCCGUCAUCACCUCAUCAACCACACCUCUCGCUUUCAACAACUCAACACCUCCAAUCCCACCCGCCGAACUCUCGAAACAGCGCGAACCCAAAAUGCCACCCAAACGCAAAGCCAUGGCCGACACCAGCGCCGACAGCUUGAACAGCCGGAGCAAUCACCCAAACAAAAGAGCAAAUCACCACAAAGCGCAGAGCACUACCCCCGCCAGCUCGAAAGAAACCGAGCCGUUGAAAGAGUACGAACCAUCCGGCACCACCAAACCCAGCUACGACGGGAUGGGGCUGCCAGAGCUCAAAGACGAGCUGCGGAAACGACGCCUUAAGAUUUCCGGCAGCAAAGGAGACCUCAUCAAACGGCUCAAUCAGAACGACCACGAGCGAUCAUUACCAGUGAAGCAAGCCAUUGAAGCUGCUGCGCGGAAACGCAGGGAAAAGAACCCGCCGCCGCAGGAGGACGACUCGGACGCCCAAUUCGACCGGGAUAUGAUCAGGGAGAACAAGGUCCUCAGGAACGGGCCUACGGGAAACCCGGUUUUCGACGACUGGGGCUAUGAGUUGAGUUACGACAAGCUUUCUGGCUCGCGCACGACGAUGAACAAGAGGACGAUGUUGGAUAGGCAGUGGAAGUACUUUGAGCGCAUGGAGGCUGAGGACGAGCAGAAGAGGCAGAUCAUGUUUGGAGAAGCCCAACCGAAGGAGAUGUUGGAUUCUAGAGCCAUGGAUUGGCAGGUUUCGCAGGAUCUGGAGAUUCCCAUGCACAAGGUUGAGGUUUGUGAUUAUGAGGUUUGGCGCGAGAUGGGGUUCAAGGCUGAGAAAAAGGACUUUGUUGAGGGGCAGGUUGAUCCGGAGGUGGAGAAGAAGAUUGAUGCGCAGGAGAUGGGCAGUGAUUUUCGGAAGUAGGCCUCGUGAAAUGGCAACUUCAUGGAUGAGAAAGGAUAUCACACGUUAUCCAACUACAUCGAAACAAGAAUCGAGAGAUAUGUAGUGUACGGUGACAGGUCACAAGUAUGUAAACACGCAUUUACCACUAAUUGGGGUACUCCCGUAGAAUCUCAGAAACCUAGGCGCGGUUUCAAGUUCCAAGUAGUGCAAAUUAGGCUGCUUCUUGACUAUUUGGCUGCUUACUAUCUGGGCUACUUAGGUACUCCUCACAUUGGCGUCGAGUGAGCAAAAUUGAAGCCAAAACAGUGAUAACUUCAUGUGCGCAAACUUAUGACCUAG